GUUGUCUUAUUCCAGGGUUGUUGGUGAAGGGACUUUCCAGAGAGGGUUCUAUUACAGAAAGUUUCUGCUCCGCAGCUUAGAAGAUGACAACUGUACAAGAACAGGGAGAGAAACGUUACGACCAAAAUGAUCACACUCUAAAAUUUGUGAACAGAAAAGAUGAAAUCACAGGAGACUAUGAUCCAAAUAUUUUGCGGGCAGAAAUGUCCUGCAAACACGCAGUAGAUCCAAACUCACUGACUGCAUGGUGUCGAAGCCUUCUGGAUCGGGGUCAGUACAAAUUCCACUGCCCAGCGGUGAAAGCUGAUGGACAGGCAUGCGGACAGGAAUGGCCCUACCAUGAAGUUCGCAAGCUGGCCGUACUGACCAGAGAGGAGCAGCUGCAUUUUGAGGAAACAGUUGCUGUACUGGCUGCAGCUGAGUACUGUGAAUACAAAUCAUGUCCUGGAUGUGAAACAUUUGUUGAACGCUCAGACCUGAGUAACUUGAGUGUCCACUGCACUAUCUGUACUGCAGAAAAGGGGAGUGUUUACGAGUUCUGUUGGCAGUGCCUGAAACCAUGGAAGGGAAGUGGCCCACGUUCUGACCGAUGUGAUAACGAAGGGUGCACCAAUUUGGAACUGGACACACUACGCAGUUGCCCAUUAAUCAACCUCUUAGAUACUGUAGUGAAGAAUUGCCCUUCCAUUCGAGCCUGCCCAACAUGUGGUAAGCUGCUCGAACACAACCAAACGGGAUGUAAAAAUAUUAUCUGUUCGAGGUGCCAAAUUGAAUUUUGCUUUGCCUGUCUGGAGCUGACAGAAUUAUGCCAGGCAAGAAAACCAGAAUCAUGGUUUGAUCUCUGUGCUAAAGGAAUUGCACCAAGGCAAACUUCAAUCCCGACAUGGAAUCGACAUAGUUCUCUAUAAAUAUAUUACAUAUAAAAUGCACAUUGCACAUUGGACAAUGCAUAUUCCACCUGUGUAUUGAUAUCACUCAGUUUUACCUUACGAUAACUCCUCAAACCUUUUGUCUGUCUUUCAAUUGUUGGACUUUUUGUUUGACAUUCAAAUCUGAACUUUCAUCCACUGUUCAAAUAUUGAGCCAAAAAUCUUCAGCCCCAGCAGAGACAUCAGAUCCUUGCCACUGACUCUAAGCUUCUCCCUAACAGUGUCUAAACUGGAUAAUUUGCAACAUUGCUGUCAUGCCUGAUUCGAGUUGAUUUUCAGAUCUCAUAUCUCUACGCCACCAUUUCCGUCACCUACUUCCACAAUUGUAACAUGACACAUUUCUGGCUCCACUUAUAAUCCAUGUCUUUGUGAUGUGUAAGAUUCACUAUUAUAGUGAACACUUGAUUGCAACCUUCUUCUCUCUGUAAGUUUGUACUCAAUGAAGCCUCUGAUGCCGAUGUCCCAACUUGCACCAGCAUUAUUCCCAUCAGCUUCAUUACAAUUAAGAAAUUCCUUAACUUUGAAGCUUUCAUCAUUUUCAAAUCUUUUCAAUGAUCUUGUCCUCUUUCUGUAAUCUCCUCCUGCCUUACAACCCCCCAAGAUAUCUGACUUCACUUUAAAAUGAGCCUCCUGAACAUUGCUGACUUUCAUCACUUCCUCACUGUCAGCUGACAGUCAUUAAAAUCUGUCUUCCAUCUCAUUCUUGCUAUCUACCAAGCAGUAACAAUGACUACACUUAACUAAAUACACUUCUGGCAUUAUAAUGACUUGCAAUGACACAUCUGUUCCUAUAGAAAUGGAAAGCAUGUUUCUUCUUUAUCUCGUAUAGUUGGUCGCACAUUAAGAUCAGAUUCAAUGCAAAUAUUAUGAGAAACAAUGCAAAGGAAAAUAUUGCUUAUGUUGUAACUUCUACAGCCAAAAGAAUUCACUGUGAAUGAUUUGUUUAUAAUUAAUGAGAUUAUGUUUAUUCAAUGGCAUAUGAAGUAUCAUUUUGAUUAUUUGAUGUUAAAUCUUUACAAUAUUUGUAGAACUUGCAUCAACUGUGCAUUUUUAUGCAUCACAUGAUUCUGCUGAACAUUAGGAAUUUAAAGUACUGCCAGUCUACCCCAUCAGUGAUUUGCUCACUGGGGGAGAAGAUGAAGGAGCUGUGCAUUGUGCCACUGCCUGAGUCAAAGGAGAUGUCCAGUCUAACUAUGAGUGACCAUCUUGCUCGCUUUUCUUGUGACUGUAACACCCUUUUGGACAUUGUUAAUAUGAAAUACUGCAAGUUCGAUUCACUGAUUUAUUGGUUGAGGGGGUGGGGAGCUGCAUGGGCUCGUUCACAGCAAAGACUAGGCCUUACAUCACCAUGUCGCCUGUUCACUGCCACCAGGAGAGAGGCUUCGGAGCCGGUAUGCUCCACCGAGGACGCAGCAUCCAGGCUGGAGUCAGUGCCGUCCUCAGCGUUCACUCAGCACAAGACAAGCUCUCUUGUGGUUGACUACAGAUUUCUGCGGCAUUGACGGCUUGAGUUUGGGUUCUUUUAUUACGUAGCUGUAUCUUACUGAUACCUUUAUGUGCUUGCUAUCUUAUGUGUGCUAUGGGUGCUUUGCUGUGUGUGUGGACUGUUGGAAUUGUGUUUUGCACCUUGACCUCGGAGUAAUGCUGCUUCGUUUGGCUGUAUUCAUGUCUGGUUGAAUGACAAUUAAACUUGAAUUGA